UAUAUGCGUAACCACCUGCAUUAAUUACUCAACCAUCGAUUAGAAACCAUGGCAAGUAGAAGAAGAGGGUUACAUUUUGUGAUGUGAUGAGUCCAAACACAACCUGUCGUUGGUGAAAUAGACUACAGUGUUCCCGUUGGGAGGCCUCUAGGCACAUAUAUUUCCCGCUUGUGAGUUUGGUUCCGAGGGAAUGUACCCAAACAAUGAUGGCGGAGUUCACUGCAUUAGCUGGUCCGUCGUCAUCGCUUCCUCCAGUAGAAUCCUCAGGAACCACAUCUGGUCAGCCCUCCAGCUCCCCUUAUGGAGGGACAGUUCGACUUACGCCUUUACCGCAGCAGUCUCCGUCACAUGCCCCGCCCUCUUACGACGAUUGUGUGCAGAAUACUCUCCGCGCGUCUGGCCGUUUGUCGGGACUGGGGAUAAUGGACCAAUCCAUACCAUGGAAUGCGCCCCCUGGAGAGACAGAUACGCCAGCUUACCAAUGGGCCGAUGCCCCUGACACUGACGUUGAAGACAACGAGAAGGUGUGCGAACCAGUGUACAAGACGACACAUGCGCUACCUACCAUCCCAGGCCAUGAGAGAACGACGACCAAGGAAAGUAAGCCGGCAGAAAGACCCAAAUAUCAAAUUCCUCACAACGCCCAGCGUGAAUUCAAAUCUGGCGCUUCGGAGAUUUCUAACGAGGAGGCAAAAAGUUGCGUGGUGGAUAUGGCGUCGCAUCGAUGCUGCUAUGGCAACAAGCCUGCCAAGGAGUUGGAGGUGCAAACUAUAGAGUAUUCGGCUGCAGCACGUUACACUCUUGAGACAUUUGUAGAAAGUCGAACCAACAAAAGAGCGCAUAUCCCAUAUCAAGGUCAAGCCGUUGACGGGCCGCAAGGGGGCGCCCCACCACUCCUCUGGGAUGUAGUCGUCGAGCCGCCCGAGCGUUACAAGGCAGGAGUCAAGACCGUUAAGAUUCCUCAUUGCUCUAUCAUAGAGACCUGUUAUGCCUGCAGUGGAAGAGGGUUCAAUAAAUGCUACCGAUGCAAGGGAAGAGGAAAAACGAAGUGCAAGUAUUGCAAGGCUAGAGGACAGCGCGGAAACAAAUAUUGCGACUACUGCCGGGGGAAAGGAAGACAAAGAUGUUUCCGUUGUAAUGGUCAUGCCAUCAUAUCGUGUUCUGUUUGUGAGGCGUAUAAACAACUCGAAUUCUUCAUUGAAGUGACUUCAACAUUCAAAGUCAAAGAAGACGAGUAUUUGCAUCAUGCCGAUAAGCGGUUACCACGGAAACUGUUGCGUGGGACUGAGGGAAUCACACUGUUUGAAGAAGAAAAACAAACGGUGGCGCCCUUGAGUAACUUCCCGACCAUGGAGGUGAACAGCCAAUCAGAGAAGCUUGUCGCCAAACAUGCAAAUGUGAAAACGGAGCGCAUUUUACUACAGAGGCAUAAGCUGGUCGGGAUCCCAAUCGCUCAGGUGGAAUACACGUGGAAAGAGAAAGGAGGCAAGUACUGGCUGUACGGCCAACAGCGGAAGGUUUGGGCACCAGACUACCCCCAGCAAUGUUGCUGCGCCUGCCGCUGUUCCAUUAUCUGAUGAUAAAUAUACACUCGAUAUCAUGGUAUCGUUACUUGUUUAAAUAGUAAACAAACAAAAUAGCUUGAAAGUAAACAGCUCAUACUCAGAAAGAAAAAUACAAAUAUUAUAAGAACAAAAUUAUAAUUUUAUUCAAGUGAUUUUUUUGUCAAAAUGGUCAGCAUUCUGAAUUUUUUUAUUCACAGUUUAUACUAUACAGGGUGGUCAAAAAACGGAAUGGCAUACCUCCGCUACCCUGAGACUCAAACCACAUAUACCAAUGCAUGGAGAAUCUUUUUAGAAGCAAAAUGAAACCAAGAUCGCCCGAUUCGGUCCAGUAGUUUUUGUUCUAGAGCCUAGUUUGUGAAGCAAGGUGGGGUUAAUUUUUGUCCCGAUGACUUACUAAACCGCGCCCGGGAAUUUGACUUGCAUUGUAUUGAUAUAGAGGGAUUAUUAUAAGAUGGAAUUUUGA